AUGGCCUUCAAAACUUCAAUCAAAUACAAGCAGGUUACACACUACAAGCAAUACCCACCUAACACAAGCAAAGUAUAUUCCUACUUUGAAUGUCGUGAAAAGAAGACUGAAAAUUCCAAAUUAAGGAAAGUGAAAUACGAAGAAACUGUUUUUUAUGGUUUGCAGUACAUUCUGAAUAAAUACUUAAAAGGUAAAGUGGUGACCAAAGAGAAAAUCAGGGAAGCCAAAGAAGUAUAUAGAGAGCAUUUUCAAGAUGAUGUCUUCAACGAAAAGGGAUGGAACUAUAUUCUGGAGAAAUACGAUGGCCAUCUUCCUAUAGAAAUAAAGGCUGUUCCUGAGGGCUCUGUAAUUCCCAGAGGAAAUGUUCUUUUCACAGUAGAAAACACAGAUCCGGAGUGCUACUGGCUCACAAAUUGGAUUGAGACUAUUCUUGUGCAGUCAUGGUAUCCAAUCACAGUGGCUACAAACUCUAGAGAGCAGAAAAAGAUUUUGGCCAAAUAUUUGCUAGAGACUUCUGGCAGCUUAGAAGGACUGGAGUAUAAACUGCAUGACUUUGGCUACAGAGGAGUUUCUUCACAAGAGACUGCAGGAAUAGGAGCUUCAGCUCAUUUGGUGAACUUCAAAGGAACAGACACUGUAGCAGGAAUUGCAUUAAUUAAAAAGUACUAUGGUACAAAAGAUCCAGUUCCAGGAUAUUCUGUUCCAGCUGCUGAACACAGUACAAUAACAGCUUGGGGGAAAGAUCAUGAAAAAGAUGCUUUUGAACACAUAGUCACACAGUUUUCUUCAGUGCCUGUAUCUGUGGUUAGUGACAGCUACGACAUUUACAAUGCUUGUGAAAAAAUAUGGGGUGAUGACUUAAGGCAUAUAAUUGAAGCCCGAAGUCCAGAGGCACCACUUAUUAUUAGACCAGAUUCUGGGAAUCCCCUUGACACUGUUUUAAAGGUCUUGGAGAUCUUGGGGAAGAAGUUCCCCAUUACAGAGAACUCAAAAGGCUACAAAUUGCUGCCACCAUAUCUCAGAGUUAUUCAAGGGGAUGGCGUGGAUAUCAACACAUUGCAAGAGAUUGUGGAGGGAAUGAAGAAGAAUAAAUGGAGUAUUGAGAAUAUUGCCUUUGGAUCUGGUGGAGCUUUGUUGCAGAAACUAACCAGAGAUCUCUUAAACUGUUCCUUCAAGUGUAGUUACGUGGUGACCAACGGUCUCGGGGUAAAUGUCUUCAAGGAUCCAGUUGCUGAUCCAAACAAAAGGUCAAAGAAAGGACGGCUGUCGUUGCAUAGGACACCUGCUGGAGAUUAUGUGACACUUGAAGAAGGCAAGGGAGAUCUUGAAGAGUAUGGACAGGAUCUCCUUCAUACAGUAUUUAAGAAUGGAAAGGUAACGAAGUCAUAUUCAUUUGAUGAAGUAAGACAAAAUGCCAGGCUGAAGAACAGUGAACUAGAAAUGGCGUCUCACUAAGUUUCAUUCCAUGUCUGUGUAUGUGUGUGUGUAACAAGUAUGUACUGCAUAGCUACUGGGUUUAUUGUACAGAUUUGUGUGUUUGUGUUUUAUGACAUUGUAGCCAAAUUAUUUGUUGGUUUAUGGACAUACUGCCCUAUCUUUUGCCAGUCUUUAGAAAAGAUGAAAUCAGGAAAUGGUACUUACAUUGUAAAACAUAUUUAAUGCUAAAGUGUGCUUUUUAGGGCCCUUUGCCAGUAGUGAUUCAAUCUGGUAUUGAUCUUUUCACAAAUGAGACAGAGCUGAGAAACUUUUUUAUAUAUAACAGAAUAUCACAAAAUGGAUUUACAUAAAAUUAUCAUGAUUGCUUUAUGUUUAUAUUUAACUUGUAUUUUUGUACAAACAAGAUUGUGUAAAAUAUAUUUAAAGUUUCAAUAAUUAAGUCUUUCCAACUUUUCAUGAUUUUUAUGAGCACAGACUUUCAAGAAAAUAUUUGGGGGGGGAAUCCAUUGCCUUUUGUCCAUUAAUCAGCAAAUAAAACAUGGCCUUAAAGUUUAUUGUGACAUUGUACCAUUUGAUGACUAAAUCAGGACUCGUAUCUACUUAAGAACCCAUAGAAUUGCUGACCUCACUGUUUCUUGUAGUUGUCUGUAUUAGUAAAUCUGCAUUGAAGAAAAUGACUGUUCUUACUAGAAGGUUUAGGUACUACAGACCUUGCUGGCACGGUAAGGUAUGUAAAUGAAAUGCCAAAUUUGAAAGGAUUCUCUACUGCAACUUAACUUGCCAAGUCUAUCCCACUUGGCAUAUGCACCUCAAUAUUUUAAGAGUAAAGUUUUUAAGAGAUCUCCUCUUCCACUAUAGAAUAUAUGUGUAAAAUACUGAAAUAUGGAAGCGGUGUAUUUUAAAGUAAUUACACUUCUGGGUUUAUUUUUCAUAUACUGUAAGUGACAUGACUUUAAAGCAAAAUACUGGACUGGGUAGUGCACUUUUUUACUUUUUUGUAUUUUUUUCAUUGAUUUGCCUUUUGUCAGACUGGAUGUUAAAUUGUAAAAAUGUUUAACUAUUUUUGUUAACAACUUUAAUAAAACUUUAUGCUAGCCAAACUCCUACAUGAAUGGCAGACCUGUUUCCCCUUCUCGCCCUGUCUCAUUGAGGUGAGGAGGGGCUUUUAUUUUGCAGAGGGUAACUAUAAAACAAUAUGUUUGAGAGAUACUUUUGAACUGUCUGCACUUGAUUGUAUUUGCUCUCUGCAUAUGCUUGAUUUGGAUAUCUGCUGGAAAACAAAACUGUUGAGGAUUUUAUUUGAGAAGCUAUGUAGUAACCUCUGAAAUGUUUGAUAGUACUGUAGGAUGGCUCUCACUAGAAAAGUACCUCCCUUACUUAAAAACAACAGCAAAAGCAAAAGGCUCCUGUGUUAUGCUGGUGAUCAACUAUCCGCCAAUGGCUUAAUAUACUGAUGUAAUUAACGCUUCUAAUUAGUAAAUGAUGUUACAGAAAAUUGUUAGGGGUACUUUAAAAUAAUUUAAGCCUACAAAAUUUUAUAAACCAUUCUUUUAGAGGAAGACUGAAAAGCCAUACUUCAUUGUUCUUAUUCUCUCACCAAAAAGGGCCACAUCAAAGCACCCAUAAUAUUUCCAGGGUUUGUGGUUAAGAUGUUUAUGCCCAGUCUCAAUAGUUCUUGUUAAUAAAAACUUGUUUUCCACUUGUAGUGUAUGUAAUUAUACAUUUAAGUGAUGUAUUGUUUCAAAAAUAGUGCUUUAGUAAGACUCUAAAUGCUGACCUUUCACACUGAGGAACUGCCUUCCCUUUGCUAUUAAUGAUAUUGUUUGUAUUUGGCCAGGAAAGAUUUUAAAUCUGGACCUAGGAUCAGUAGCAGGUAAAUAGUACAGAGCCUAUUUCACUCCUCCACAUGUGUACUAGGGAAUUUUAUGAUGUAUGGUUUAAAAAACAAUAAAGUAAAUGCUGCUUUCAUUCUGUACCAAUAAAAAAUUUUGAUAACUA